ACUCUGAGAGAGGAGGAGGAAGUCUGUUAAAGACACAUUAUCAUUACAGUCAUGUUCUGAGCGGCUGCUCGUCGUGUUUCUAAUAACUCUAAUGUUUAGCAGCCAUGAGGGGAAUGAUAAACACUCAUCAUAGGAUCUAAACAGCGAGAAAGAAAAGGUAAAAGUUAACUUAUUAUUCUGUUUUUCUAGCGGGGAAGUUUAGUUACCUGGGGGGGUCUUUCUUUGAGGUGGGGCUGCUCAGGUGAGCUCCUUCCUGUCUGGACACAUUUCCUCAGCUGCCUGUCGGUGAUGUCCAGACCUUAGACACAGACUGAAACUCCCUCACAUCAUGGACUCCAAGAAGCAUGGCAUGCUGCGACAUCUCCGGAAGAAGAUGCCACAUCUCUGGCGAGGCAAGAGCCCAAGCAAGCAGCUUGUUGAGCUCGAACGCACCAUGGACAAUCGGAUGAGCUCCUCCGUUCCCGACAUGAGGGACAUGAGGGACAUGAGAGACAUGAGAGACACGAGGCUGGAGUACGCUCCCGCCUCCCCCAGCAUGCUGCUCCGAAAGCACAAGUCUCCCAGCUACAGUAACCCCACCACACCAGUUGUCAACCCUGCGAGAGGCCUAGGAGGAGGUGGGAGUGGCCUGAUGAUGGGAGUAGUUGGUGGAGGAGCUGGGAGGAGUGUGCCUGCAGACUGCACAGACUGGGCUUCCUCUCAGGAGUCAUUCAACAGCAUCUAUGUGGAGGAGAAGAGCUCUCCAGAGACAAACUACAGAUCUGCCCGGGGCAUGGAGCCUGAGGAGCUAGGCCUGCCGGAGAUGAUGACCGUCUACAGCCCAGACACUCCCUCUGUGGAGGUGUCCCAGGACAGCUCACAGUACGAGAAUCAUGAUUUCAACGGUCACGGGUUAACGGGUCACGGCGACAACCUAAAUUACGAGAUGGGCAACGAGAUCCUGAGUGUGUCGGAGAGCAUCAGUAAUCCCCUCCAGUCCUUCCUGCUCACCAUCAACCUGAAGAAAGGACGCAACCUGGUCAUCAGGGACCGCUGUGGUACCAGUGACCCGUAUGUGAAAUUCAAAUUGGAUGGGAAAACGUUCUACAAAAGCAAAGUGGUUUAUAAAGACCUCAACCCUAAAUGGAAUGAAACCUUCUCCCUACCUGUGAAGGAUCUGAACCAGAGACUGUUUAUCAAGGUAUACGACCGUGAUCUGACAACUGAUGACUUCAUGGGCUCCGCCAGUGUCAUGCUGAGUGAUCUGGAGAUGGACAAGCUCAAAGAGAUGUCUUUGCCCUUGGAUGACCCAAACAGCCUGGAGGAGGACAUGGGGGUCGUGCUAGUGGACAUGAGUCUGUCACUCAGAGAUGGAGACAGCAAAAGAGGCCCUCGGUGGCCCCAAAUGAGAAAACGAAGUUUUAGGUCGGGAGGCUCUUCUCAGAGCCUUCGUCUGUCAGAGUCGCUGAGGAAGAGUCAGCUGUGGACUUCUGUUGUGUCGGUGACUCUGGUCGAGGGUCAGGAGCUGCCGCUGGACACUCAGGGAGGUCAGCUCUUUGUUCGCUUCAGACUGGGAGAGCAGAGAUUCAAAAGCAAGAAUCACUGCAAAGUGUCCAACCCUCAGUGGAGAGAGAGGUUCACGUUUAACCAGUUUAUGGACAGGCCAGACAUCAUGGAGGUGGAGCUCUGGUCCAAGGAGGGACGAAGGAAUGAGGAGUGUUUAGGAACGUGUGACGUUGACCUGUCCAGGGUACCUCUCAAUCAGAGACAGCUGUUCACGAAAACCCUGGACCAGAGAGGACGCUUGGUCUUCCUGGUUACACUGAACACAUGCAGCGGCGUUUCCAUCUCUGACCUCUGCGCUGCACCGCUUGAUGAACCUCAUGAACAAAAGAACCAGCUGGAUAACUACAGGUUGAAACGGUCCCUGGAAAACCUCCGUGAUGUUGGUUUCCUUCAAAUCAAAGUUCUCAAGGCAACAGAUUUGAUGGCUGCUGAUUUAAACGGAAAGAGUGAUCCAUUCUGUGUGUUGGAGCUGGGGAACGACCGACUGCAGACCCACACAGUCUACAAAAGCCUCCACCCAGAGUGGAAUAAAGUCUUCACAUUCCCUGUCAGAGACAUUCAUGAUGUUCUGGUGGUGACUAUCUUUGAUGAGGAUGGAGACAAGGCGCCAGACUUCCUGGGAAAAGCUGCCAUUCCCCUGCUCUCGAUCCGCAGGGGACAGCAGAUCGCCUUCCUGCUGAAGAAAGAGGACUUAGGUGGGCUGACAAAGGGGAGCAUCAUUCUGGAGCUGGAGGUUAUUUUUAACCCUGUCAGAGCGAGUAUAAGAUCCUUCCAACCAAGGGAGAAAAAAUUCAUGGAGGAUAAUCCCAAAUUUUCCAAAAAGGCUCUGGCCAGGAACGUGGUGCGUGUUCAGACACUCUACAGGGCGAUCACGUCGACUCUGCAGUACAUCAAAAGCUGUUUCCAGUGGGAGAGCAUUCAGAGGAGCCUGCUAGCCUUCCUGGUGUUUCUGGUGACAGUGUGGUACUGGGAGUUUUACAUGCUGCCAUUCUUCAUGGUCCUGCUCAUCACAUGGAACUACUGCCAGAUCCGGUCCGGUCGGGUCAGUCAGGAUGUGGACAAUAUGGAUGUGGGGGAUGAGGACGAGGAUGAUGAGAAGGAGUCGGAGAGAAAAGGGCUGAUGGAGAAAAUCCACAUGGUCCAAGACACCAUCGUCACCCUUCAAACCCUGCUGGAUGAGAUCGCCUGUUUUGGGGAGAGGAUUAAAAACACUUUCAACUGGUCGGUGCCGUUCCUGUCCAGCCUGGCCUUCCUGAUCUUUGUCAUCGUAACAAUCCUUACGUACUACAUCCCUGUUCGCUACGUGGUUUUAUUAUGGGGUAUCAAUAAAUUCACCAAGAAAUUACGGAACCGGUACAGCAUCGACAACAAUGAAGUGCUUGAUUUCCUGUCGAGGGUGCCUUCAGAUGUGCAGAAGGUUCAAUACAGCGAGAUGAGAGGCAGCAAGAAGAAGAAACUCUCGUAGGCUUCCUGCUUAAAAACUGUUUCCAGAGGAUCUGCUUGUCUUGGGGUUUGCGUGGUAGGUUUGAAUCUAAAUGCGCUGUGGCGUUAACACAGCUCAGCACCGCUCAUAUCAACCAGCACCUAAAGACCUUUCAGCCAAAGACGUCCAUACUGAGGACUCCGCACAAAGUACGGAGGAACAAUUGGUAAUAUUAUUUCCAAAGAUUGUAGGUGUUUUAAUUGUUUGUACAGUUUAUUCUUUAAGAUAAUCAAUCAGAAGCUGCUUUAUUUUAUAUUUCCUGGCCUCAGGUUGUGUCCUCCUGGAACCAGCUGAAAUAUCACUUUGUAUUAUACUGAAUGUAUAUGCUUGGUAUGUAACAUUUGUGUGUAUAUUUUUACAUCAUUUACUUUGACAUUGAUAGAACUGCAUACUUUUAUUACAAAAAUGGACUAUCCACCAUUUGAAAAAAAUAACAAUUGUUGUUGGGAUGAAAGUAAAUUUCAUCAUAAGGCAUUUUCUUAGAAAAUAGUUGGAAGGUCUUUAUGAUUUUAAAAUAUUCUGAUGGAUUUUAGGUAACAAUUAUAGAGCCUUUGUCGAUACAGCAACAUACUUUAAGUUAGUAGCAAAUAUUCUGCAUCAUAUUCCUUUGUUUUUUUCCAUUUACCUUUGUAAAUGGAUAAAGAGCUAUGUGCAUACAAUGUCGACUGACUUUACUUCAAUGUGACAGUAUGGACUUAUUUUUACAUGCAAAGAUGAGUGCCUACAUUUAGAUUUUCAUUCAUCCUGCAUAGAGGAUGCUCUGUGCUCUGUUGUAUGUUACUCUUUGCUUGUGAGUGGGAUGGGGCCGGAUCUUAACUUUAUUUAUUAAUCACAAUCACCGAUGAAGACUUUGUGUCUCUCAUUUCUAACAGCAAUAAAUGCACACAAUCACAGUUGA